AUGAAAGCACUGCAAAGCGGCGUGGCCCAAAAGGGUAAAGUUCCAAUCGUGUCCCCAAAUGCGGCUUUCUCCAAACCAUCAAAACUUCAGGUUGUGAUUUUCUGUCGUCGCCUCAAGAAAUCCCCUUCUAUCACGACUUCUUUCGCCGUGAUUCUGCCUGGAGCAGACGACUCAACUUUCCGUGAACCGAGCGCGCCACUUCCCGCUCCUACUCUGAGCCCGUCAACCCUCCCCAGCUGCGCCUUCCGCGAUUCACUCUCCGACACAAAAUUUGCCAUCCGCGCUAUUUUGUCUCUUCCCCUCCGACACGACCGCUUUCCCUCUCAUCACCACAAUCCCGCCGUUGCAUCCUCUUCAACCACCCUCACUUUCCCCUCACCUCCUCAAUCAACUCUCAUAAUGGCCGCUGUUGCUGAGAACGGUCACGCGCCCGUGGCUGACGAGAACGCCGCCCCCGUUGCUGCCGCCGUCGAACAGAAGGAACAGACCGAGAAGACAAAUGGAGACUCUGUCACAGUAUUCCACGAUCCCGAAAACUUUACUGUGAAGCAUCCUUUGAUGCACGAGUGGACUCUGUGGUUCACCAAGCCCCCUAGCGGCAAGGGCGAUAACUGGAACGAUCUGUUGAAGGAGGUUGUGACUUUUAACUCUGUUGAGGAAUUCUGGGGUAUCUACAACAACAUUUCGCCGACAUCCGAGUUGGGCCUCAAAGCCGACUACCAUCUCUUCAAGAAGGGCGUUCGUCCCGAGUGGGAAGACCCCCAGAACAAGCACGGAGGCAAGUGGUCAUACUCUUUCAAGGACAAGCGCUCCGUGCCCAUCGACGACCUGUGGCUCCACGCACAACUGGCCGCCAUCGGCGAGACUCUCGAGAACGAUGGUGACAACGAGGUUAUGGGUGUUGUUGUGAACGUACGCAAGGGCUUCUACCGUGUUGGUCUGUGGACCCGGACUGUUGGCAAGAGUAUUCCCGGAGACAAGAACGGUCGUACACCCGCACAGGGCAAGGAGAUCCUUGAGAACAUUGGUCGGCGGUUCAAGGAAGUCCUUCGUCUCAAGGAGGCUGAUGCCGUUGAGUUCUCGGGUCACACGGACAGCGCACACAGCGGCAGCACGAGAGCCAAGGCCAAGUACACCGUCUAA